AUGGGUGGCGCACACAGUAAAGACGCUCCAAAUAACCAAGACUCAGGAGCAAAAGACGCAGACUCUGACCGAGCUUCCGCUUCUGAGGGAAAAAACGUCAAGAAAUUUGACAGGGAAGAAAUUUUGGGGCAAAAGCCGGACGAUCUCACCGACCAAGAGAAGACAUUGAUACGCGACACGUGGCAGGACGUGGAGACCUCCGUCGCCAGAGUGGGGGUGGUCAUGCUCAGCUGGUUGUUCGAGACACAUCCCGACGUGCAGGAGUCGUUCAUGUCCUUCAGAGGCGUUCCUCUACCGGAGGUGCAGCAGUCCAAGCAGCUUAGGAACCACGCGUUGAGGGUGCAAGGUCAUGGGGUGCAAGGUCAUGGGGUGCAAGGUCAUGGGGUGCAAGGUCAUGGGGUGCAAGGUCAUGGGGUGCAACUUAUCGGGCCUCAGUUCAUCGCGGCGAUGCAAGGGAGCCUACAGCGUCGCUGGGAGGCCUGCGUGGAGGAGGCCUGGCUGCGCCUCUUCCGCUGCCUCUCCUUCAGCAUGAAGGCGGCCAUGUUGGACCUGACGGGCGACUAG